UUUUACCUGGCGCUUUUGCCGAGGGCAACGGUCCCCUCUGGCAGGAGUGUUCCACCGUGAGCGGCGGCAGCCUCCGCGGAAGGACUUCGCGGGAGGAGAAUGGCUUCGAUAAGAAAACCUAGCCGUCCUGUGUGUGACAUCUUUGGCGACCUCAGUGAUAUUUCCUUAGAAGAUUCAAAGAUGGGGGCCAUGUGGAACUCUGAUAUCAGUAGAAGUCUUACCAAAAUAGCACCUGGUCCCAGCAGAUUUUUAAAAAGAAACCAGACUCUGGGUGGAAAACACUUCCUGCCGAAAGAGAACGCUGUCCUGGGGAGCAAGCCCUGGCACUCUUCAAGUAGACCAUCAACCACUGCCUCCAAGGUCAGGGCCAACGCAGCGCUCACGAAGCUGGCACAGAUAGAGACCAAGAUCAGGAACCAGAAGGUGCGGGUGGAUCUGUCGGAUGCGGAAUCUGAGGACUGGCUCCCUAGCAGAGCAGAGGAAACUCCCCCCAGGAGGACGGCUGACCUUGCUUCACAGAACACAGGACAACUGUCCCAGGAACAGGCCCUUGAAAUUCCUGUCCCUGAGACAGACAUGCCGACUGGGAAGGUCAGUAGGUUUCUAAAGAAGAGAGAAGCACGGGUGGAAAAGAUACCCGUGGAAGCGCAGGUUGGGAAGGAGAGGGAUGCUCAAAGACCCAAAGAGAAACAACCUCCUAGAACACUGGAUUCUCCAGACAGUGAUGAAGAGGAAAUGAAAGAGUUGCUGGGGAGCUUGAUAGAAUCUUCCAGGGAGAAAGAAACACCCACCAAUCAGGGUUUCACCAAAGCCAGUGAGAAAGAACAAACAAAACUCGUCUCGGGUCAAAUCCCAACUCCACCAAGAGCCCUUUCACGGCCCAGUAAGGAUCUGCCCAGCUCAAAGCCAUUCCCCACUUCGUGGCUGUCAGCUUCACGGUCAGCGGACGGGGCCCCCCGCGGUGCCGGCUUGAGAACUCGCUCCCCACAGACGCACACGUCUGCCUCCCGCACGCUGUCGCUUUCCUCCCCUGGUGCCUUGGUGAAAUCAGCGCCCUCGACCGCAGGGGCUGACGAGCGCUCAUCCUCCCUGAGAAGGAGCGAGCCUGGGCCUCAGGAGGAGCCUCCCUCAGAAGCCACCGAAGACAGUCUGAACGAUUUUAGAAUAAACAUUUUAUCCCUGGAUGAUCUGGCUCCAGCUGUCAGUGAGAAAUCAGACUUGGAAUGGGAAAAAGAAGGUCAGGGGGGCAAGGCAUCCAGUAGAAGGCCCUGGGCAGGGGAUCCCCCCUCUGAGAGCGAGAUCUCUGAGCACCUGAAUGAGCCAUCAGCCUCGUCCCCUGGGCCCCAGGGCAUUUGUUGCCUGGGGCCGACGUCUCCGGAACCUACGGCCAGCGCGGUGAGCUCGACUUACUCAGAAGAUUUUGAAAAAUCCCCCAGUCCCACAGCAUCUGAGUCAACGGCCCGUUCAGAGGAGUCUCCCGACAGGACGCUGGCCAGUCGGUCUGAAUUUUCUGCAAGUCUGAAGUCAGACCUCCCUCCCUCAAGUCCCAAGUCACGGAAGAAGCGGGCCAGGGGUGGACACCCAAGAGUCGUGGUGAAGGAGACGGCUGUGCAGACGCCCGAUCCCGCCUUCACCUACCAGUGGGCUAACGCGGCCGGCGUGGCGGCCAUCGGACCAGCCCUGGGAGGUGCCUACGUGGACCCGGCACCCAUCGCCAGCCAUGUCAUCAGCGCAGACGCCAUAGAAGCCCUGACUGCAUACAGCCCGGCCGUGUUCGCGCUCCACGAUGUGCUGAAGCAGCAGCUGAGCCUGACGCAGCAGUUCAUCGAGGCCAGCCGGCACCUGCACGCGUCCCUGCUGCGCUCCCUGGAUGGAGACUCAUUCCACUACCACACUCUGGAGGAAACCAAAGAGUACAUCAGACAACACAGGCCCGCCCUGCUGACCAUGGAGGAGGCCCUGGAGGAGGUGAAGGAGGAGCUAUGCGUGCCAGGAGCGAUGGGCUCGAAUCCCUGAGGAGCUGGUCCCGUGCGCUGGCCCUGACGCUCACCCGAGAUCCCAGGGGGCAUUCGGUGGUUGGGGUGCUCCAGUCAUCUCCAGCUGAGUAGCCUGUCUUGUCGGCAUGCCUGUCGUUGGAGAGGACACCACAGGCCAGUGACGUGGAGCCAGGUGGAGCCUGUCAGCACGUGCACAGGACAGGGAUGCCAGCGUGCCAGGUGAUGCCACGUGGAGUGGCUCCACUGGGGCAGGUGCUGGCUUCUCAGGCUCAGUACACGGUGGGGGUGAGGAGCUCCCUCCAUGAGGGAGCAGGGCCACGCGUCCACGCUGGGGACCCCCAUGAGACACCCAGGCAGAGCUCCAACCCAACUCCACGAUUCAGACACAGUCUGCACUCAGGACGCACCUCCGCCCACCUCAGCAUGAGCACGCUUCUGAUUUAAACGCAAAGAAAAAGGUCUUUAAAAAAAGGUCUUUAUUUGAAGGCAAAACAGUAAAAUCCACAAGAAAUUGUUAACAACACGUUUACAUUUUAUCCUGAAUCAGACACGUUUGAACAAUUCACAGCUACAGGAAAUCUAGAACAAAAAUCAAACAGUUUAUCCUAUCAGGUUGAAAAGUUGGAGAGGAUUUUGCAUCUUAUUGAAAAGAAUUUUCCAAAAAUGUUUCUGUACAAAUUAACGGCACUGCACCAAGCUGCCCGGGGACGCCGAGGAGGGUGGAUCCCAGGCGGCUCCUGGCAGAGGCGGCUCCUUCUGGCCUCCCGCCCUUUGGGGGCGGGCGGGGACCCGCAAAACAAGUGACAGAGCAGGAGGCAGGGCCAGGGGUUGCGCCCCGCACUGUGGAUGAGAAUGGGCUGUCUCACACGAGUGCUGGUGUGGGGUUCCUCUCAGUGAAAAAAGCAAGUAGAGACGCUAAGGGUACAAGUUCUCCAAGGGUGUCAUCAUUCCGUGACCUGAAGAUGCCUCAGGUGAGUUUCCUCAGAACUUUUUGUUUCUGCAGGUAACAGCAAAUGGCUAAUGUUC